AUGGAGCCUUCUUCCUCAAGCUCUUCAUCUCUCGAACAAUCACAACAACAACUCAAAUCAUCAAAGCAUAACGACAACUUUUCCGAAUAUCAAUAUUAUUAUUUCUGUCAAGCUGUUGACUCUAUUUUCGGACGGUGGGCAGCCUUGAUACUAGCAAAGCAACAUCAUGCCUCGGGAGAUGAUACGGAGGCCUUGUUGGAUGAAUUUAGAGACAAUGUUAAAGAAUGGAUUUCAAAUGAUGGGGACCAACUUGAAUCAGAUGAAGUUGUACAGUACAUGAAUGAUGUUUUAUCGGAAGAUUUGGGAAUUGACGUACUUGAUGGAUCAAUUCCGUCUGUUGCCAAACAUUUACUAUUAGUGUUCCAACAAGUGACACAAAACAAUUUCGAGCAAGUGAUAAAAUUACUGUCUGAGAAAAAGGAAGAACCUGUUACUAUUCCGAGUGAGUCCGAAUUUGUUCAGUCCAAACAACAACAAUCCACAGUUUUACAACAACAAAAUUCUCAAGAUGUUAUGGAGGAGAGCAAUAAUGAUGAUAAUAAGGAAAUUGAAGUCGAUGAAGAUGGUUUUCAAAUGGUUAAGAAGAAGUCAUCCGGUGGUCGCAGGAAGUAA